AUGGACGGGGGCUUUGCGGCGGCCGCCGAGGCAUUACGUCAAUCCAUUUUCUCGACGCCGAUCAUCGACAAUCAUGCUCACCCAUUGCUUAAGAGAGGUCAUAUUGACAGGUAUCCCCUGCUGACCAUUGUGACGGAAGCUCACGGCGAGGCUCUCGACUCGUCACGAACCAGCUUUGCACAUAUUCGAGCAGUCAAGCAGCUUGCAAAGCAGCUUGGGUGCGAAGAGACGUGGGAAGCUGUUGAACGGGCAAUUGAGAACGAACGACGGUCCGACUACAGCGAAUGGACCCGUAAAUGCCUCUCCGGUAUUGAGUGUGUCUUGGUAGACGAUGGGUUGGACAACGAAGAGGCCGUGGAACCGUACAGCUUUUUUGACCACUUCGCACGCAGUCCAAGCAAGCGCAUCAUUCGCAUCGAGCAAAUUGCGGCGAAACUCAUUGAAACCGCUUGCACCACCCAAACAACAUCCACGCAAGCGUUCGAUGCAGCCAUUUCCAAUUUUGAAGCGGCUCUCAAGGAGGCAAUCUCCGAUAAAGAAGUCGUUGGCUUCAAGUCUGUUAUUUGCUACAGAACUGGCCUUGACAUCUCACGACAACCCAACGAGGCUCAAGCACGAUCGCUAUUUACGGACAUUUUUACCCAGAGACAAGCAGCAAAUGCAACGCGCUUCACCAGGCUGGACCACCGCCCCCUCAACGAAUUCAUCGUCCACCGUCUAGCACAAUUGAUCCGAGAUUCCAACUCAGCCCACAAGAAGCCGAUUCAGUUUCAUACUGGUCUCGGCGAUAACGACCUGACGUUGACACGGUCCUCGCCGGCUCAUCUCCAGGAGUUUGCACGAGCGUAUCCCACGGUUCCAAUUGUCCUCCUACAUUCGGGUUACCCGUUUGACCGUGAAACUGGGUACAUGGCAGCAUUAUAUGCAAACGUGUAUGCUGAUAUUGGAGAAGUUUUCCCCUUUGUCAACAGAGAUGGACAAGAACGCAUCGUACGCCAUGUUCUGGAGCUUUGUCCUUGGGAGAAGAUCAUCUGGAGUACUGAUGGGCAUUGGUUCCCAGAAACAUACUUUCUCUCUAUCGUGCAAAUGAGAGAAGUAUUUCAUACCGUCUUGUGUAAAUUCGUGCGGAAAGGGGAUAUUUCAUGGGAGCAGGCCACUCAAAUUGUGCAAGACAUGUUGUUCAACACGUCGAACAAGAUCUACAAUCUCAGUCUCACAUUUCGGCCACGUCUACCAAUUAACCUACAUCCUUCUGAAGGCUCGCAGACCAAAUUCGAGUCACAGCAGCUAUUGAGGCAUUUGACAAACGCAAAAUCGCCACAAUACCUGCGUCUGUGCUGGCUUGACUACACGGCAACGGCAAGAAUGAGAAUCAUACCGUCGCCGCAGAUCUUGAGAUUAUUGCACGCCGAAAAUCCCAUUACAGCUGCCGUGACAAAGGCUUGCUUUGGUCAACUUCAAAAUGAUACCCUGGUGUCCGAGGUGGGACCAAGUGGGCAAUACAAUCUGGUUCCGGACAUGUCAUCUCUUCAUCUUGGGCCACGGGAAAACCACAUGACGGUAAUGUGCGACUUCAAAGAGGACGAUGGCUCAUCCGUUGAUUUCUGUCCCCGAACUAUACUUAAGAAAGCACUGGAUCUCGCUCGUCUUCAGAAUCUUGAGUUUCUGUUUGGAUUUGAGGUCGAAUUCGUCCUUCUUCGCCACUCCGAAGACGGAGAGUACGAAUUCCUCAACAGUGACGGGCACGCGUGGUCAACAGUCAGGGCAAUGGACCAAGACAUAGUAGAAAGUGUGCUGGAAGUUGCCAUCCAACGACUUGAAAAUGCCGGUGUUUCCAUUGAGAUGUUACACGCAGAAAGCGCCAAGGGUCAAUUUGAAAUCGUCUUGCCAAAGGCCAAGCCGUUGGAGGCGAUAGAUACAUUAAUUUUCGCCCGGCAAGUCAUCUCCAGUUGCGCCAGUACCAAGGGCUACAGGAUGACAUUACAUCCUAAACCUGUAGCCAACGCAUGCGGCACGGCAGCCCACGCCCACAUCUCCAUUGUGUCAGAUGACUCAAACACGACGCUAUAUGAAUCAUUUUAUGCAGGAAUCUUAUCUCAUUUGAGAUCCAUAUGCGCCUUCACCUACAGUAAUAUGGUCAGCUAUGAACGGGUCAAGGAUGGCUUUUGGGCAGGCGGCACAUGGGUCACAUGGGGUACACAAAAUCGCGAGACACCGUUACGCAAGGUUGACAAUAGCCAUUGGGAAUUCAAAUGCAUGGACGGUCUUGCCAAUCCGUAUUUGGGCAUGGCGGCGCUUGUUUCGGCCGGACUGCAUGGUGUUCGGGAACAGAAGGCAAUGACAUGGGGCGAUUGCACCAGGGAUCCGGCGUCAUUGUCGCCUGAUGAACGACUAGCAUUGGGUAUUGAUACGAAGCUACCGAAAAGUAUAGAUGAGGCGCUCAACGCUCUUGUGGGUGACCAGGAUAUGACCGGCCUGUUAGGCGUUGACGUAGUCCGAAGAUAUGUUGCCGUAAAGGAGGCAGAGUUGGAGCUGAUGAAAUCUAUGAGUGAGAGGGAGAGGCGGAAGUGGGUAAUAGACAGAUACUAG